AAAUGCAGUAAAAUAUGUGAAUAGAAACGUAUUAUGCACCCGUCAUACUUAUAGGUCCUGGAUAAAUAUAUUACUUGUGUAUGUGCAACAUUUACCAUAAUGAAGUCAGUAAAAACAUCAAGUUUUCUGUUAGCAGUAUCAGUGACCUUAUCGGCAGUGACUUCAUCACCCUUCCAACCAAACUACUCAGAGAGAGAUUCCGCAAGGACAAACUUGGGACAAUCCAUUCAAACCAUUUUUAAUGAAAAAACGACAGAAACCCCAAUAGAAGUAUCAAGUCCUCAUUAUAACAUGACAUUUCUCCCAAUAAUCAUGGGAAGCUUUCCACAAUCAGCUUCCGACCCUUUAAUUUCGCCCGAAAGUUUAGGAAACUUGGAAGAAGUUAACAGGGACUAUGCACAAUCUGCGCCUAAUAUAACAAAGCCGUACCAACCAAUGAUGACCCAGAUUGCAAUUAUUCAACAAGUCCCCGUCGUUACCUCCGGAGAAAAUUUGUUUAACGGUUUGGCCAAAAACGUUGGACAACUGAACGUCACUGGAGUUAUUUCAGAAGCUUUCAAGCUGGCACAAAUCUCAAUUGGUCUUUUUGGUCAAGCCUUGGCAAAUCAACUGACUGUCGACUCUAACAGUUUACUCGUAAUCCACAAUAGUACUAAAUUGGUCGGAGAACAAGUAAAAUUUUAGAUCUGGACAACCGACUUGUCCAGCCUUUCAUUGCUACCUCGCGAUUAUAAUUAUGCAUUUCUUUAUUCGGAAGGUAAAUUAGUAAUUAUUUAUAGUGAUACGAAUAGUAAUUUGGCAGGUUGAGAUGUCUACCUUGUACACCAUUUUAUAAUGGUGAUAUGUAAUAAUAAAAUAAUUGCAAGUUGCAUCCUACAUACACGGCCAGCCAGACUCUCGUAUCCAAUGUAUGGUCGUCUCUGGUGCUGCUAUGAAUUGUUGAGACCAGUAACUUAACUGUACUCGUCGACCAUUGUAAUUGUCUUUCUCGCUGUGUAGUUGGUAGUAAAAUGGAGGUGUGUGGCGUGGGUAACUGCAGUUGUAUCUUUUCUGCGGUGACAAAAGCUUUUAACCAUUUAACCUUUCUUUCACGUCUCUCUGCCCAAACACAACAAAAUAUAUAUCACUACCAGCAUCUGAAGCAGUUUACAAAAAACUCUUUCACAAUUAAAAUUCCUCUUCCUGGUCACGAUCCGAAAUACGAAUACAUUCAUAUACAAAUCAGCAGAGAUGCCACUGCUGAUAAAUAGUAAGCGAAACCAUUUUCAGUUAUAGACGGACGGACUUCCUUUCCAAGAACUGGUUCUUUAGGUUCGCAAAAUCCAUCUCGAAAUUCAUCCAUCAGUAGUCAGGCUGAAGUCGUUGUCAGUAUAAAAGUCAAAACUGGUGGCUCAAUAAUGAUCUUUCAACAGCCUUGGUCAAUGUCAGGGAUUGGCAAAACCGAAAGGGACAAUUGAGAUGGAUUGCGUCCGAUUGAUUGUUGUGUGUAGUAUGCAUGGCUUGUACAACUGUACUAAUCCUAAGGAUAAGUAAUAACAACAGCUUGAUAAUGGAUGGAUGGAUACUAGUCAAUCUUAUUGGACGGAGUGUGGCAGAAAAAGUCGGUUUAAUGAGCCACAAAAUUUAACCACUUUACCAUGCACUCGGAUGUAAUCAUAUAACGGGACAUAAUGAUUGAUGCAUGGUAUUGACGGAAAAUUAUUACAAAUGCAAAUAAAGGUAAAGAAAAGUAAAACUAAAUAUCAAAGAGGAUUGAAAUGUGCACAUACGAAAAUUUAGAAUCAACUGACACCGGUACUACAGGUAUGCAUGUACUUCGUAGGAAAAUAAUUACCACAUAUAUUUGACCAAAGUGUUAUUGGUAUAAAGAUACUGUAUUUUGACAAGAUCAUUUGACACAUUAUCACUCUUUAUAGGGAGAAGCGUUACAUAUGUAAAUACUAAGCAAAAAUCAAGCAAUCGAGAAGUUUUACUUAUUUGAGUUUUUAGUUGACACUAAAGAUACUGUCUCCGAUGGGGUCAGGAUUUUUCAAGUACAUCAUAUACAGUGCAGCAAAGCUAAUACUGCAAUAAACAAUAAUUAACAAUUAAGUAAAUUCAUGAAUAAAUUAAAAGAUAUAUAAAACUUUCUAUAUUCAUUCGAACA